AUCUGAUUAUAAAAGAUAACAAUUACCAUAAUAAUACGGUCGUAAUGGUAUAAAUAUCGUGUGUUCGUUACUCUGUUAUGUCUAAGGGCUUUUUGAAGUGAAGAGACAAAAUGCGUUCUAUAAUUGUGUGGUUGACUGUCAUCGCUGCUGUUGCAGCCGUACCUAAGAACCCGCAGCGUAUCAUAGGUGGUGCACUUACCAAUAUCAAUAACUACCCAGAGAUCGCUGCACUCUUGUUCUCAUGGAACGGUGCCGCAUACAGCCAAGCGUGCGGUGGAUCUAUCCUUAACAAGAGAUCCAUCUUGUCUGCUGCUCACUGCUUUGUCGGUGACCCAGCAAACAGAUGGCGCGUUCGCGUUGGCUCUACCAAUGCUAACAGCGGUGGUGUUGUUCAUAAUGUCAAUGCCAUCAUCACCCACGGCAGCUACAACAGCGGGACCAAUGACAAUGACGUCUCUAUUUUGCGGCUCUCCUCGAACCUUGCGUACACCGAUGUCAUUCAGCCUGCCAGCAUUGCUGGAUCCAGUUACAAUCUCGCUGACAACCAAGUUGUGUAUGCUGCUGGAUGGGGUGCUACAUCUGUCGGCGGUUCUGGCUCCGAACAACUUCGGCAUGUACAAAUCUGGACUGUCAACCACGAGACAUGCAGAAACCGUUACGCUGAAAUCGGUCAUACUCUAACCGACAACAUGUUGUGCUCUGGUUGGUUGGAUGUCGGCGGUCGCGACCAGUGCCAGGGCGACUCUGGCGGUCCCCUCUACCACAACAAAGUCGUCGUCGGCGUGUGCUCGUGGGGUGUGCAGUGCGCUCUCGCCCGCUACCCUGGUGUCAACGCUCGUAUAUCUCGCUACGCAACUUGGAUUCAAGAAAACGCUUAAACAGCACCAUUGAAAUAUCUUCUCAGUCUAUAUUAUUUGUAUUAACAAUAAAUAUAGACUAUACAAAUUUAUUGAUCUAUAUUAAUUGGAAUAAAUAUGUAUUUUAUAAUUUUUUAUAAAAAUAAUAAAAUAUACAGAUUCUGAUAUAUAU